GCAUUUAACAAAUUAAACAGCUGAUGUUUAUUUAUGUGCGAUGGUUUCUGGUUCGAAGUUUAAGAAUUUAGUUUCUUAAAAAGUUUAUUUAGAUAUCUCAUAUAGUUUAUCGCCAUAAAUAGUUAGAAGCACGGUAGAGGAGGUUAGAAGUGUUAUAGUCAUAGUUGAUUUACAUGUUAAAUAAAAUAUAUAUUUUGUCCUUACGUAAAAUCAACUUUUAUUGCAAUUUUGCCUCCAACUAUUUGUUAAAUUUAUAAUUUAAAUUCAGUAAAUAUGGCGCAUCGUUUACGUUUUCUCAAUCCCAAAAAAACUCUAUUCCUUCUCUGUGAUAUCCAAGAGAAAUUCCGACCAGUAAUUCCACUAUUCGAGGGGUUAGUGACGAAUGCUAACAAAUUGACAAAAGCCGGUAAAGAAUUUGAAAUUCCUCUUAUAGUGUCAGAACAAUUUCCGGAAAAGCUUGGAAAAACUGUUCCUGAUUUAGAUAUAUCGCAUGCUGCAGCUAUUAUAAGUAAAACCCAGUUCAGUAUGCUUGUACCAGAAUUGGAAAAUAAAAUAAAAACAAUAUACGGAGAGAAGCCUUGUGAUGUUGUACUCUAUGGGUUGGAGUCUCAUGUAUGUAUCGAACAAACUGCAAUCGAUUUCUUAAGCUGCGGUAUUAAUGUUUAUAUUGUAGCCGAUUGUUGCACUUCCCGUCUGAAUCAGGAUCGAGAUUUGGCAUUAGAUCGCUUACGUGAAGCUGGUUGCGUAAUUACCACUAGUGAGAGCAUAAUUUUUAAUUUGCUGCGCGAUAAAAACAACCCAAAAUUUAAUGUGAUUCGAAAACUAGUAAAUCCGCCAUCAUUGGAUAUGCAAUUGGCUAAGUAUGGGUUUUCAAGUUCCUCUGGUUCUAAACUAUAAAUUUCACCGAACUCUCAUCAGCACUAAAUAUCAUGUGUUGCCUUGUUAUUUAGUAAUAAAAAUAUGUGUUUAAAUUUAUCAAA